CAGCUGUGCCUUGCUUCCCUGGUGACGCACGCCGAUUUUCUUCGCCAAGGUCUGCUACCGAAGCAUGCUUUGCUUUCUUCCUACAUCUUUCGCGAUUCCAAUGUCAUGGCACGACUCUCCAGCAUGCUGAUCACCGGUUGCAGUACGUGGAUGCGCCCUACUGGUAUACCCCCACACGUCGAGCUUUUUGAGCAGCACAUGAAGACGCGACAGGCGCUGAACCAUCUACCGGAUCUACUGCUGGACGGAUUUGCUAAGCUACUGGACGAGAAAUGCGUGAGUCAGCAAAGUGUAACGCGAGAAAACCUCAGCUCGACGAUCCGUGUACUGCUAGAGGAGGCUGGACUAUGUCCUGGCGAGUGGCGCGAACCCAGGUAG